AUAAACUACUAAUUAAAAACGAAUACUUGAAAUCCAAUUGGAGAUUUAUCAAUUACUUUUGUACCUUAGUUACCCAAAUUAGAUUUUUUUUAUUUUUAUAAAUGGCUCACAACCUUAUGCUGUUUUAUUGUCUAUGGUUAUGCUGAAAGUAGGCACUACAAGUAGGCAUUUAUGUCUGAAUAAAGUCAUAUUACAUUGAUUUUACAGUUUUAGUUAGUUUUUUUUAAUCUCAUUUAUCUAGAAUUAAAUACUAUCGAGUUAAAAUUUGUGCAAAAAUUGACUUUUAAAAUAUGUUUUAGAAGAAUUAAAUAUUCAUUAGUUAAAAUGUAUGCAAAAAAGCACUUUAUGUCACAUUUACAACUGGAACAAUUACCACUGUAUGUAAAAUUAAAUUUGUAUAACUUGUGAACAUACACACACACACACACACACACACACACACACACACACAGAGUACAUUAACAUUGCAGUAGUUGCUUCUCAGGCACAGUAGCAGCUGCAGAGCAUAUUUUCCACCCUGUACUUUGUCAGGACCAGUCAACCAGUCAGUACACUGAGAAAAAGAAGGCUACUCUUGUGCUUUUUGGAGUGGCAUCUGAUCCUGCCUUCAUCAUAACCAAAGCCCCUCUGUAACGUGCCGGAGGAAAUGUCAGACCCAACAGAGGAACUCCCCAACAAGCCCUUCGCAGCCCAGUUGUCCAAUGUUUAUCUCAGCAUCUUGGCACUGUUCUGCUUUAAGCUCUUUGUUAAGAUUUCUCUCAACUUGCUGGCAUACUUCUACAUUGUCCGUGGGAACCGUAAAGAGGCUGCCAGGAUAUCAGCAGAGUUCUAUGAUUAUGGUCAACAACACAGAUCCUGGGCGGACCGCUCACCCCUACAUGAUGCUGCGAGUCAGGGUCGCCUCCUGGCUCUGAGGACCCUCAUUUUACAGGGUCACAGUGUGAAUGUUCUGACUAUAGACCAUGUGACACCCCUUCAUGAGGCCUGUGUUGGAGACCAUGUCGCUUGUGCCAGAGCUCUCAUUGAUGCAGGAGCAAAUGUCAAUGCUUCUACAAUUGAUGGAGUCACACCUCUGUUCAACGCCUGUACAGUGGGCAGUGUGGCAUGUGCUGAAAUUCUUCUGGAAAAUGGAGCAAAACCCCAGAGCCUUGUAUACCAUCCCUCACCAAUCCAUGAAGCUACAAGCAAAGGUCAUUACGGUUGUGUGGAGGCUCUGGUGACUUGGGGGGCAGAUGUGGACAUGGACAUUCCUCACCUGGGCACAGCGCUCUAUACAGCUUGUGUCUGCCAAGAGCUGGAGUGUGCCAGGAAACUCCUGAGGGAAGGUGCAAGUGUACAGAAAGGCAAAUCCCUGGAUUCACCCUUACAUGCAGCUGCAGAAAAAGAUUGCACAGCUGUAGUGAAGCUGCUGCUGGACUUUGGUGCAGACAUUAAUGCCCGGAACACAGAGUUUCAGAGGCCAGUAGACGUGGCUCCACCCAGCAGUCUAACAGAGGGCUUUCUACUGCUCUAUGAAGCUACACCACGACUGCUGAGUCAGGUGUGUCGUCAGUGCAUCAGGAACUGCGUCGGCCGUGACAGACUCCACCUUCUUACCCACCUUCCCCUGCCCAACAGGCUCAGGAACUACCUGCAGUACCAAUGACAGACAGAACAACCAAACUGUCUGCCUAAAUGGGACUUACAGAGAAAAGCCUUCGACACAAAGAGCACAUCAACUACAUAAACUCUUCCUACAUUAAAUUUUAGCUACCAGUCAAUGCAGCCAGAGCAAUUAAUUGAAAUUAGCCACAGAGUAGCCACUGAGUAGCUGACAGUACCAAGCUGUGUUGAGCUGGCCUGCAACUCAUAUGUGAUUGUGGACCUGGAUGAAUGCAAAGCAGGGGGUUUCUAAAAAAGCUUGCAGACUUAGCCUUCCCUCGUCAAAAAAUAUAUUAAAUAAAAUAUUAUUCGCAAUUCAGGUUUGCUGUAUUUAGAAGACGCCUUAAUAGUUUCAAUAGCUACUAGAGAGUGAUGCAAUUUGAAAACUUUACAUACAUUUAUACGGUCAUAUAAAUGCACAAUGAAUGAACGUGAGUGAGUAUUCAUAGUUUUGCUUUUGAUAUAUAAUGCACUGCACACUACUAUAUGAUUAAAACUGUUUUGAAACUUGG